UUCAUCUUCAAGAGCACGAACGAGAGUCUACGAGCUUUAGCUUGUUUCUGGUUUGUUGAAUGUUUUCGUUUCUGAGCCAAAAAUGUCUGUGCUUCAGUAUUCCAAUCUCCGCUAAUGGAAUCAACUGAACACUCACGGUCGCAACCACCUGUUGAGCUUCAUACUCAAAUGACCCGUCAGUAAUUGGAGACUAUUAUGAAUACAGAAGCCAAGCAGCUUGAGGAGGAAUGGGUUAUAAAUACUCCAAGCACAAGCUUUCGGCCACGUCCCAGCAUGUCCAAUGCUGUCAAUCUAAAGCUACAAGCUGAUUCAGCUCACCAUCGCCAACGAGGUCUUUCCCAUGAAGCUAUCCCCUUUGUGCCCAAGCGCAAAUCUGAAGAUCGCAAAGCCGACGAUACGCUGGAAACUCUCUGUAAAUUGGGAAUAGCCAUAGAGCUGAUCGAAAAGCUUGUUGACAUAUAUAAUACCGAAAAGCAACUUACAACCAAGGUCCAAAAGUCGGCCGCCAGCGAAACUCGCCACAAAGCAAUGAAAGCCGGCUUAUCGCAAUCCGACGAUCCUGUCGGACUCAUUGUGCAAUGUAUCGAUAUCUUAGCAAAUACCUCGGCACGAGACGAUAAAAAGAAGAUGUUAGACGAUAAGUGUGUGAGAACUAUCGGAAGGGAACUGUGCGAUUACUUGGAGGAUUUUAUCUACAGUGCCUCUAAAACGACUGCUAUGCGCCUGAUUGGGGAAACCUUGCCUGAUAAAGAGACAGCAUUGAUCGUUCUUGAAGAAGAUGGCAACGCCUCCGAUAAUGUUACAGCAUCCGAAACUGAUUUGAUAGUAUUUCAAGAUGUACAAAGCGAAGACGUAGCAACGCCCUCAUCCGACGCCACGUCCAAGGACGAAGUGACAUCCGAAGUCAUCACCAUUGCAGAUUUGCAACGAUCAAUGCCAGAUAAGAAUACCUGGAGAAAAAAGCUGAUCAAAGAAGAUCAUCAGACGUACUUGACGAGUUUUAUCGAAGAAGAAAGAGGCCCGCUUUUGCUCUGCAUGUGUUUGAAGACUUUCAAGCUGCCAGAGAUCCUUGCAGCUGGACAACCACAGGAAGAAACAGGUCGCCGUUUAGUACAGCUACUGUAUCAAACUCACUAUUAUUUGGAAGCUUUGAACUGUUUGGAAACGCUUAGAAUGGUGGAUCAAUUUUCAUUUGAAGAUUUAGCGUUCCCGUUAUUCAAAAGCAAGUCUACUGCAACCACGACCUGCAUAGUGAAAAUCGCCAGCUUCGGUCAACAGAUGAGGGACGCUGUACUGGCUUAUAUAGACACACAACUCAUGUACACCUUAAACGGAAGUGUUGGUAUUGUCUCAGAAGAGCGAUUGAACGCGGCUUGCAAAGGAAACCGCAAACUUACCUUAUUGCCCGAUCUACACGAACGACGAACCCAAAAAGAUCUUGCCAACUGGGGUGUCAAGGUUAUGGACAUGCAUGCCAUCGACCAUGCCACCUACUUGUUUAUAUACUUAACCCAAAGAUACGUUUCACUUCGAUGGCUUAUCAGUCAGAGAGCCUGCCAACAGGCAGAGGAAAAUGAUUAUUCCAUCGAAGCGUCGUCCAACUAUAACGGUCUUAUCUACGUUCUUUGCCAAGACGAAAGUCUCAAGAGACUUGCAGUUAAGGAGUUUAUGGAUAUGCAGGAUCCAUAUGCAGCACCUUAUUUCGCCGAGAAGUUCCAACAACAAGCUUUUUAUGAUCAUUAUCUAGCAAUGCCUAUAUCACAACGCGUGAUUGGAUCUAUUCCCGGUGAACAAAAUUCGAGAAGUAGAGUAUACCUACCCCGCAGAAAGAAAGCGGCAACUGGCGAAACAGCCAUAUAUUCCUUACCUCAAAAUGUACAACUCGUCAUCAUCGAUAACUCAGAGGGGCUGGUCGCCAUGAGAACAUUGCUGCGACAAAGCCGACUUUGCGGCCUCGAUACAGAAUGGAUACCCCAUCUUGCUAAAGAUGAUCUUUGUAGAACUUCGCUUAUGCAGGUCGGUUCCGAGCUCGGCGUGGUGUUCCUGAUGGAUAUGGUCAAGCUUAGUGGAUUCAGUGACGGACGCAUCGGCUUCGAUGGCUUCAGUGGGCAAGAACCGGAGCCUGGCAUACAGCAACAGACCUUUGAGUUUUUGAAGGACCUCUUUACCGAUCAGAGAAUCAUUAAGCUAGCGUAUGAUUUUAAUGGUGACAUAACCAUGUUAGCCCAUACCUUCCCUGGUAUCCAGAAUGUUCAGAUGCAAUCAUUUCUUGAUUUUGCAAACCUCAACUCGGCAGUGGAUGAGCAGGUUCACUUUGGAAUCCCCAAAGUCAAGUCUGGAUUAAGUGGUGUUACGGAGAUCAUGCUGAAUCGUAUUUUGAAUAAGAAGCAGCAGCUUAGCAACUGGGAGCAACGACCCCUCAGCGACGAGCAAACAAAGUAUGCUGCUGGUGACGCUUAUUGUCUCAUCGAAACUUUCUACGCACUUUGUAACAUGAAUCAUCCGGUUUUGUGGAACGAUGCGCUUGGCAAUGGUUCUGGUAGUUUGUAGCUACUCAAGUCCUUCUUACCGCCCUCCACGUGAAUUACUUCAAUCUAUUAUCAUACCUUUUUGUUUCAAUUGGUAUAGCAGUUGAUCUUGUACAAUACAGUUUUUUUCCUCAGCAGGU